ACAGCAUUGGCUCAUAUUACGGGCAGAGACAACAGCUGUAUGGGAACCUGACUCAACACUGUUUAUAUGUCAUGGAUCCCCUGAACUCCACCUGCGCCCCCACCAACCAAUCAGACUUCAGCAGCAUCUUCACCCUGCAGGUGCUCCCACCGCUCUACCUGGUGAUCUGCGUUGUUGGAGCGUCUCUGAACGGUGUGGCCGCCUGGAUCUUCUUCAGAGUGCCCAGUGACUCGGGCCUGGUGGUGUACCUGAAGAACAUGGUCGUGGCCGACCUCCUCAUGCUCGCCACCUUCCCCUUCAAGCUGAUGACUCAGCUGGGAGUGGGCGGCUGGCGCCUCCACGUGGUUAUCUGCCGCUACACCGCCGUGCUCUUCUACUCCUCCAUGUACGUGGGGAUUCUCUUCAUGGGCUUCAUCAGCCUUGAACGCUACGUCAAGAUCUUCCGACACACUUCCUCUCCCUCCUCGUCGUUGUCCUCCUGCAGGUCCAGGUGUGGCAUUGUUUCCUUGCUGCAUCUCCUGCAGAGUGUCGUCUUCGCCCGGGUGCUGGCAUUCUUCACCUGGGGCUUCCUCCUCCUCUGCGUGCUGCCCAACGUCGUGCUGACCAGCCAACCAGCCAACGAGACGAACGCACGGCACUGCAUGCAGCUAAAGACUGAGCUGGGCAUGCAGUGGCACCGGGUGUCCACCUUCUUCAGUGUCAGCCUCUUCUGGGCGACGCUGGUGGUCCUCGCCUAUUGCUACGCCUCCAUCGCCUGCCGGGUCUACAAGUCCUACCGCCGUGUCCGCACCGACAACAGCGAUGUCUGUCGGAAGUCGAACCGCAGCAUCUUCAGCAUCCUGGGCGUGUUCUUCAUCUGCUUUGUGCCGUACCACGUCUGCCGCAUACCGUACACUCUGAGCCAAACGCAGGCGUCGGGCUUCAGCUGGGACACCCGCUUCCUGCUGUUCCAGCUGAAGGAGGGGACGCUCUUCCUGUCGGCGCUCAACGUCUGCCUCGACCCCAUCAUCUACUUCCUGAUGUGCCGAACCUUCAGAGAGUCGCUGCUGAGGAAACUGUCAGGAAGAGAGAGGAGGAGGUCCCUGACCACCGCCCAGAGUCUGAGCCACAUAUAGGAGGGGAGGAGGCGAGGAGAGGAGACACAAGAGAGGAGACAAGGAGAGGAAUCAAGAGAGGAGACAAGAGAGAAGAUAAGGGGAGGAGAGACAAAGACUGGAACAUCCUCCAUGAUUGCAGAGGGGGAGUGAUUUCUGGGUCACUGAAGGAGAGAGGACACAAGGAAGCAGAAGUUAGCAACAAGAAGAAGGGGAAACAAGAGAGGAGACAAGGAGAGGAAACGAGGAACACUGAGCCUUAAUCAGACUGUGGUGUCGUGUGAAUGUUGUCACAGUAAUUUAAAAAAGAAAGUUGUCAGUAAAUUCACCUCUGUGUGUUUUUCCUGGAAGGUGAACUUUAUUGUGACUCAGAUUUCAAAGUAACUUAAAUGAAUGUAAAUGUUCCUAAACAAGCAGUUUACUUAUUGUUUUUAUCACCAUGAUGUCAUAACGUGA